AAAACCAAACACAUAAAACCCUAGAUAUUAACUCAUCAAAAGAAUCCCACCGGUGGUUGUGAGAAUGCCCAAUCAGAAAUUGUGCACUUGUUGAUAAUACUAUAUUAAUUACUGGUAGGUGGAUGAUUUGGCCUUCUUUUUAAUUUUAAACUUUUGGUCAAGUGUUGACAUCCUAUUGUACGUAGAAUUGUGAUCAUCAGCAUCAUCCUUAAUUACACGAUUAAACACUAAUAUUCCUUAAACAAAACAAGCAAAAAGCACAACUAUAUCCUACAUAUUGACUUGGUCUGCUUCUGUGUCUGCUCAUCUAAGAAGGUCCAGGACCUUAAGAACCUCAAACAGAUUUUGUCUGUUGUCUAGAUGGAUCAAAUCCAAAAUGCAGUAUACUAUUGCUCAGUAUCAAAAGGGGGUCGAAUUCUGUAUUCAUAUAUUGGUGUAGGAGAUGAUGAGGUUGAGAACUUGGCUGUACUGUGCUUGGAAAAAACACCUCCUUAUCAUAAGUGGUAUUUUCAGACCAUGGCUAAAAAGACUUUUGGGUUUUUGAUGGAAGAAGGGUAUGUUUAUUUUGCUAUUGCGUACGAGGGUCUUGGUAACGGUGAAGUUCUUCUGUUUCUAGAGCAAUUGAGGGACGAAUUCAGAAAGGUGGCUAGAAAGGGUUCUGGCCGGAGUAUGUCGAAUCUGAACUCACUUUGUUUACAAGAACAACUAGUUCCUGUUAUUCGACGUUUGAUUACUUCGUUGGAGCAUGUAUCUGGAUGGCCAGCAGAUACUCCUCCACAGCACGGUGGCAACAAUGCCAAUGGACGAUUUGAGGGAAGUGGAUCUUCGACAAGAGCCCCUUUGUUGGUCAAGCCUAGUAGACAAGACAAGAAGAAAACGAAGGAUCAUGCAAUCGCAAUGAGAGGUAUUGAGUUGGAGGAGCACCGGAAAUCUACGGAACGACCUAAGGUUGAUUCAGGAGUUACUGAUCCGAAUAAUCAAGGUGCAGGAGUUCUUCCUCCACCUAUGGUACAAAAGGAGUUUGGCUUGGUGAGGACUAGAUCAGGCUCUCAAAACUUCCAAAGGAGGUGGUGCCGCCAAGUAAGGAUUGUUCUUGCCAUUGAUGCUGCGGUAUGUCUUGUGCUGUUUGUGAUUUGGUUAGUUAUAUGUCAAGGUACAAAGUGCCUUCGCUGAAGUCAUUGUUCAAAGUUUUGAAACUACUCCAGCCACAUUACUGAAGAAGAUGGAUAAUGAAUUUCACAGCUUCUAUGCGUAUGUCAAAGUAUAAAUUUCUUUGCACUUUAUAUAGGAACUCAUUGUACAGCGAUAUUUUGUUUAUGGAUGUAACGAAUAUAGUGCGCUACAACAUAUUCAGAGGUUCUUGUUUGGCUAAUGUAGUCCAUGCUUGCAGCUCCAACUUUCUUGCUAGACCUGGAAGUUGUGUGCUUCCUGUGAUUAUUUUUAAGCUUUUUUUUUUUUAGAUUAGUGUUUUUGUAUAUUUAAAACUCCCUGCUUACAUGCACAAAACAUGUUUGUGCCAUGUCCCCUGCCUUUUUGUCAAACAUACUCUGAAGUGAAAUACAGCAUUUGUCUGCUCUGCCGUGCAAACUGCAUCUACUUUUCUACAAUGUCUCUUCCGGGCUUUCUGAAUUUUUUCCUUUCUUUUCUAUUUUACUCUUGGAGGGUAAAUUUUCCUUUUUAGGGGUUGAGGGAGGCUCUUUGCCCUGCCGCGAGAAGGAUUAUGAGAAACUUGCCAAAAUUGAGUAUGCAAAUAGUGCGUAGGCCUUCCUUGAUGAUGGGGCUCGGAGAAAAUAAGCGAUUCCAAUAGUAGAGUAACAUCAAUAUAUCAAAUAUACUGGAUGAUGACCAUAUAGAAAGAACAAAUCAAAUGGAAGUAUUUCCGGUUUAAAGGAGAAGAAACAACAUGGAGAGCAUUUGUAAUUACAGUGCCCAAUAUUCUUUUUGGUAUUUAUCAAGCUGCAUUUCUUUGGUGA